GGCCUAUAUCUUCAAUCCACAGAACAGAGUAGAAAUCCAUGAAAACAGAGGAAAAUGAACAAUCGUAGAGGUCGUAGAGGUCAUGUCAUUGUGCUCACCUAUCCUGCCCAAGGCCACAUAAACCCACUCCUCCAGUUUGCCAAACGGUUGGCCUCCAAAGGGCUCAAGGCCACUCUAGCCACCACCCAUUACACUGUCAACUCCAUUCAUUCAACCACAGUAGGCGUCGAGCCCAUCUCGGAUGGCUACGAUGAAGGUGGGUUUAAGCAAUCUCCUGGUGUGGAAGCCUACUUGGAGUCGUUUAAAUCAGUGGGUUCAAAAACUUUGGCAGAGCUCAUAUCAAAGUUCAGUGACUCGGCCUCCCCAGUAAACUGUGUCGUUUAUGACUCUUUGCUCCCGUGGGCUCUUGAUGUGGCUAGGGAAUUUGGCAUUUAUGCAGCAGUAUUUUUAACAAAUUCUGCUUCUGUGUGCUCCAUGUUCUGGCAUAUCAAUCUUGGUCAUCUGACUUUGCCUGUGAAGCAAGAAACUGAGCCCCUGUUGUUGCCUGGCCUUCCUGCACUAGCCAUUUCUGACAUGCCAGGUUUUCUUGCAAAUCCUUCAAGUCAUUCUGCUUAUUUGGCAGUGAUCAUGGAAAAAUUUGGCCGUUUGGAAGAAAAUGAUUGGGUAUUCUGUAACAGUUCUGAAGUGUUGGAAAGUGAGCUAAUGAAAGCCAUGUGGGGACAAUGGCCUUUGGUGAUGAUCGGUCCACUGGUGCCAUCGGCCUACCUAGACCAGCAGAUCAGUGGAGACACAAGUUACGGAGCCAAUCUUUGGGAGCUUAGCAGUGACCGGUACUUGACAUGGCUAGAGACAAAACCACCAAAGUCAGUGAUAUACGUAUCAUUUGGAAGCAUGGCAGACAUCACAGCUAAACAGGCUGAAGAACUUGCAUGGGGUUUGAUAGAGAGCAACAUGCAUUUUCUACUCGUUGCAAAGGAUUCCAGAGACAAAUUAUCAAUAGAAACAGUUAAUUCAGUGGAAGAAAGAGGGUUGGUUGUGUCGUGGUGCAACCAAUUAGAGGUGCUAGCACACCCAGCUGUGGGUUGCUUUGUGACACACUGUGGAUGGAACUCAACAAUGGAGGCCUUGAGCCUAGGGGUGCCAAUGGUGGCACUGCCACAGUGGAGUGAUCAGCCUACUAACGCUAAGUUUGUGGAGGAGUUGUGGCAGGUGGGAGUAAAGGCUAAGAAGAACAAAGAGGGGAUCGUGACCAGGGAUGAGCUGGAGCUCUGUAUAAGGGAAGUUAUGGUAGGAAAAAAAGGUGAAGAGAUUAUGAAGAAUGCAACUAAAUGGAGAAGGCUUAUAAUAGGAGCAGUCAGUUUAGGUGGAAGCUCGGAUAAGAACAUCCAUGAUUUUGUGGGCAAGUUGGUAGAAGGAGAGGGGAAGAAAGCUUGAUCCUGUGUGGCACUAGAUGAACAUAAUAAACUUGUUUAGAUGGUAGUAUCUGCUUCAAUUGCAGGAGACUUUAGAAAGCUAAACUAAGUAGGGCAUAGCAGACACCUUUUUUGGGAUAUGUUUUGCUCUUUCAAUGUUCAAUAAGAUCUUUAGAUUAAACUGAAUUAACGAUCAUUACAUGGGUAUUGACUGCAAUCUUGUCA